AUGCUGAUGAAUGUGAACAACGAGGUUAAGAAUUCGGCGCAUUACAACAAAAUGAUUGUACCAAGCAGAACGCGCCAAAAACACAUGGCCUGCAAAAUCAGUCGGCAAAUGUGCCCCUACACCGACCACGACAAAAUUAGCGAGCUCAGUAAGAACAUGGUCAAAUGCAAAAGUAAAACAAUGGUAAAGGACAGAGUUGAAAAAGUACCAGACUGUCGCAAGCAUUUUUAUGAGCAGAAAGAGACAGGCGAUCUCGGGCACAAACACUGGCACUAA